CUCCUGUUCAACUUUUCCAUCUCAGUGAUCUCACUCUUCACUCUUGCUUUCGAAUCUUCAUCCAAGAUAAUCAAAUUUUCAUAAGAAAUUCUCCACAUUGUGUAAUGGAAUAUUCCAAUUAUGUUUGUCCCAAUACCGGAUUUUUGUUAGUGGUUGUGCUAUUAGCUUCAGUAGCUGUAUAUGAAACAGUUGGAGAUGCUAUGGUCACUGGCACCGUCUUCUGUGACCAAUGCAAAGACGGAGAACGAGGUCUCUUUGAUUACCCACUCUCUGGUAUGAAAGUGGCAGUAACAUGUAGCGGAAUCGAUGGGCAAGUAACAAUGAUGAAGGAGGAGACUACCAAUAUGGUUGGGAGUUACUCAAUGAGUUUUGAGGGCAACCCAAAGUUAAGUGGUUGUUAUGCUCAGCUCGUUGGUAGCACUGAUGCAUCAUCAGGCUGCGGGGCAGCUGCUGGGCCAGCGCGAAGUUUAAGACUUAUGUUCAGCAUGUUCAAUAUGGAAAUAUCCUAUUGCCAAAAUACCACUCCCAACCCUCUCCCUGGUUCAGGUAGUGAUGCUGGUCGUCCUGCUUUACCUCUUCCUCAUGCACCAUCACCUCCUCCUACUGCCAGAUUACCUUCCAUGCCUUUCCUCCAAGCUUCGGCAUGUCCAUAUGGGGAAUGGACAAAGGCAGAGCAUAAGUGUCACUGGAACGUAGUGGGACCAGAUACAAAAGUAGCAGUUGCUUUCGGACUAAUCGCUGCGGGGAGGUACGGGACAGACAUGACAUUAUGGAAGGGACUUCAGGGGAAAGGGGAUGUUUACAGGACACUCCUGAGGGAAGGGACCACUGCACUACUCAAUUCAUACAACAGUCUUCAGUUUAGGUACCCUACAAUAAGUGUCGUGGAACGCUUGAACUCGGCUUUGAUGGGCUCAACUCGACAAGCACUCCAAAUUGCAUUACGAUUUAAGAGAGCUAAUUCUGGUCUUGCCUACAACAACAACACUGCUGUUCGCUGUAAUCUCACUCCUUGCAAGAAUUGA